UAUACAAUUAUUUUCAAUAAAUUUUUAGUUUUUCCAAAAGCCAUUUUUUGUGAUCCAUUUGAAAUCCCAAUUUGUCUUCAUCUCCAAAUAAUUCCUUUUAAAAAUCAGAGAAGAAAAAGACUAACUUUUCUCCUCCUUGUCUUAUAAAACCUAUCUAAAAGCUCAUAUUUCUAGCCGGUGGAUAUAUUUUCAUUAUAUCAUUUUUUUGGCUUCCAACAGGGAAAAAAAAUCGAGGAACCACAGUUCAUAAAACCUGUCUGAAUAAUUGAGAACCCAACUCAAAAGAUUCAAUCUUUUUUUAUUUCAUUCAUAUCCUCAUAAAGAGAAAAAAGAAGAUUCGAUUUUUUUAAUCCCAAACAUAUAAUUGAAGAAAGAGGGAAGAGAGAUAGACAGAACACAAAGUGGAAGAAGGAUGAGAGCUGGUCUAACCACGAUCCAACAGACUCUAACCCCAGAGGCUGCCACCGUAUUAAACCAAUCAAUCUCCGAAGCGGCGCGUCGCAACCACGGCCAAACAACUCCUCUACAUGUCGCGACCACUCUCCUCGCUUCACCCUCAGGUUUCCUCCGACGAGCCUGCAUCCGAUCCCACCCCAACUCCUCACACCCUCUCCAGUGCCGCGCCCUCGAGCUCUGCUUCAGCGUCGCCUUAGAGCGCCUCCCCACCGCCACAACGACAUCUCCAGCCAACGAUCCUCCGAUCUCGAACGCGCUCAUGGCGGCGUUGAAGAGAGCGCAAGCUCACCAACGACGUGGAUGUCCGGAGCAGCAGCAGCAGCCUUUGUUGGCGGUUAAAGUUGAGUUGGAGCAGUUAAUAAUAUCGAUCUUGGAUGAUCCGAGUGUGAGCCGGGUUAUGCGUGAGGCUAGCUUCUCUAGUCCCGCGGUUAAAGCCACAAUAGAACAGUCUUUGAAUAAUAAUAAUAAUAGUACGACCAAUACGACGUCGGUUGCUAGCGUUUCUCCCGUCGGGUUAAAUUUCCGACCCGGUGGAGGAGGUCCGAUGACACGGAACGCUUAUCUUAACCCGCGUUUGCAGCAGAACGGCGCCGCGUCGGUGCAGCAAUCAGGGGUGGUUAAUAAAAACGAUGACGUGGAGCGGGUGAUGGAUAUAUUGGGUCGUGGGAAGAAGAGGAACCCGGUUUUAGUCGGGGAUACGGAGCCGGGUCGGGUAAUUACCGAGGUCCUUAAGAGAAUUGAAUCCGGAGAAAAGGUUGUUGUUAACUUCGAGGAGAUCAGUUCGGAUAAGGCGGAGAGAAUCGGGUUGCUGGAGACCCGGAUAAAGGAUUCGGAUCCUGGAGGAGGAGUGAUUCUCAAUCUCGGAGACUUGAAAUGGCUGGUGGAGCAGCCGCAGCCGGUGGCGGUGGAGGUAGGGAGGACGGCGGUGGCGGAGUUAAGGAGGCUUUUGGUGAAAUUCGAAGGGAGGUUAUGGUUUAUAGGAACCGCCACGUGUGAGACUUAUCUGAGGUGUCAAGUGUAUCAUCCUUCGAUGGAGAAUGAUUGGGAUCUUCAAGCUGUGUCGUUGGCGGCGAAAGCUCCGGCUUCGGGAGCUUUCCCGAGGCUUGGGAACAGUUUGGGAUCAUUCACGCCGUUGAAGAGCUUCGUGGCGGGGAACAUGACGACGACGACGACGUUGAAAUGUUGUCCGGAGUGUUCAAAGAGUUGCGAGGGAGAGCUGUCGGAAUUUGAGUCAAUGUCUCAAGAGGUUAAGACAGAACCAAAACAGUUGCCACAAUGGUUGUUGAAUGCUAAACCGGUCAAUCGUGUACCGCAGGGAAAGAUUGAAGAAGUGAAGAAGAAAUGGAAUGAUGCGUGUGUGCGUCUUCAUCCUAGCUUCCAUAACAAGAACGAGAGGAUCGUUCCGAUUCCGACACCUAUACCGUUGACUACAAGCUCAUAUAGUCCAAAUAUGCUUCUACGUCAGCCGUUACAGCCAAAGUUCCAGCCUAAUAGAGAGUUGCGUGAGAGGGUACACUUGAAACCUGUGACCCCUUUGGUAACAGAACAAACCAAGAAGAAGAGUCCUCCCGGGAGUCCGGUUCAGACCGAUCUUGUUCUUGGACGAACAGAGGAUUCGGACAAGGCAGGUGAUAUGCGAGUGAGAGACUUUCUUGGCUGCAUAUCGUCUGAUGAAUCAGUACAGAACAAGAACGAUAAGAUCAGUGUUCUACAGAACUCAUUAGACAUUGAUUUGUUCAAGAAGCUUCUAAAGGGAAUGACGGAGAAAGUCUGGUGGCAGCACGACGCAGCCUCUGCCAUCGCCGCCACGGUUAGUCAAUGCAAGCUAGGCGCAGGGAAACGACGCGGUGUGGUAUCAAAAGGAGACGUGUGGUUACUGUUCUCAGGACCAGACAGAGUUGGUAAGAGAAAAAUGGUAUCCGCUCUGUCUACUCUAGUAUACGGAACCAGUCCGAUAAUGAUCUCACUCGGGUCGAGACAAGAAGCUGGUGGUGUCCGUGGUAAAACCGUGUUGGACAGGAUUGCUGAAACAGUUAAGAGGAGUCCCUUCUCUGUUAUCUUGCUUGAAGAUAUCGAUGAAGCUGACAUGUUGUUACGUGGGAGUAUAAAACGAGCGAUGGAUAGAGGAAGGAUCUCUGAUUCUCACGGACGUGAGAUCAGUUUAGGGAAUGUGAUCUUUGUUAUGACAGCGAGCUGGCAUAGAACCAAAACUUGUUUCUCAGACAACGAAGCGAAGUUGAGGGAUUUAGCUAGCGAGAGCUGGAGGUUGAGGUUGUGUAUACGUGAGAAGUUUGGUAAACGUCGAGCUAGCUGGUUGAGUAGUGGUGUUGUUGAAGAGAGGUUGACUAAACCGAAGAAAGAACAUGGUUCCGGUUUAACGUUCGAUUUAAACCAAGCUGCUGAUACGAAUGAUGAUGGUUCGAACAAUACGAGUGAACUAACGGAUAAUGAUCAAGAAGAGUUUAGCGGGAAGUUAUCUUUGCAAUGUGUUCCUUUUGCGUUUCACGAGCUGGUGAGUCGUGUAGACGAUGCGGUGGCGUUUAGAGCUGUCGACUUCGGAGCUGUGAAGCAGAGAGUGUCAGAUACGUUGUCGGAGAGGUUCACGACCGUUGUGGGUGAAUCUUUAUCGAUAGAAGUGGAGGAAGAUGUGAUUCAGAGAAUCUUGAGUGGAGUUUGGUUAGGGGAGAUGGAGUUAGAGGAGUGGAUUGAGAAGGCGAUUGUUCCGGUUUUGAGCCAGCUUAAGGCUCGUGUGUCGUCUUCUGGUACUUAUGGUGACCGUACCGUUGCUCGGCUCGAGCUAGAUGAAGAUUCCGGUGAACGGAGCGGUGGUGAUUUGCUACCGGCAAGUGUUACGUUGGCAGUUUAAGUAAGAAACAGAGAGUUUUUGUUAUUUCAGUGGAUGGUGGAAGGGCAGAGAUGUAAAUAUGUCUCAAAUGGUUUUGGCGGGUGAAAGGGAAACAGUUAGUGGUAUAAACAGUAAAAAAGGUGUUUAUAGCUUUUUUGUUCUUUUUUAUUUACUUAAUAGUUUUUAUGUUUAUGUACGGUACGGGAGGAGGUGAUUUAUGUUAGCAAUUAUAGAGAUUUAUUUGAUAUAUAAAUAAUUAAAUUAAUAAAGUUUUAAGUAAUGUUGGCAAUUAA